AUGGUCAAGAUUGGACGCAAGCGAAAUGUGACAUCUCGAGAAAAGACUGGAUGCGUGACAUGUCGCGCGAGGCACAUCAAAUGCGAUGAGGGACGGCCCUCUUGCCAGAACGUAUGUCAAGUCAAGCUCCCAUUGCCUGGGUAUUAUAUAUUGUGUAAACAUGGGGGAUCCUCCCCCGGGCCGGAGAAGGUGGCAGCCAUUCAGCCCAGAGCAAGCCAGCCCGAUUCGAGCGAGGUGUCUGGUGCUCCUCAGCCUCAGGGCUCUCGAGCCUCACCGGCGACCAGCUGGUUCACCGCGUUGGUAGCGAACUGGCAAACUAGCAGCUUGCAGGCUUCCAAUUGUUCGGGCAUUGCCGAAGAUACGAGUACCACCGGCCAUCUACCCACCGAGGCAGUUGAAAACCGCCGGAACUCAGUUACUUACGAAGCUGCGACGUCUCUCGCCUUGAUCUCCUCCUCUGUUCUCCCUGAACAUCAACGGUCGGUGCCCGAUGUGGAGAUGGAGGAGGGCAUGGAAAGUGAGGGAGGGGGUGGCAGCAAUCGCCGUUACAAUGCAAAUCACGGCCAUGAAGACGAUGCCUUUGAUGACCACGAUGACUACGAAGAUCCUGAUCUUGAUGUGGAAGCAUCUAGUGCUAGAUACAGCAGGAGGAGUAUCAGCGCCGGUUUGAGUAUGGCCGAGCCUCCACCUGAACCACAACCAGGACGAGAACUAGAACCCCGACCUGAGCUUGAAAAUGGACCUGAAAAUGGAGCAGAUGCUGUACAGAUUCAGGCAGCUCAGCCAAUCGAAGAUCAUGUAUCGGAUCACAGCCAGCUACAUCAUAUAGUCUACAAUAACACACGCUCACAGGACACCGUGGUCGGUAUCAACACGCCGGCAAGUCCUCAAGCUUUGUCUCGUGGAGUAACAUCCCAGAUUGCACCUAAAGGUCUGAUAGAGAGCGCUAGAUUUCCCCAAGACAUGAUUUACUACCACCAUCUGCGAGAUGAUGCAAGCACUGGCCUCCUCUCUAUCCUUGGCCUAGAGGAAAUAUUCAAGGCAGACCACCUCGAUCGUGGCUUCUUCAGUGCUGCCCUGGCACUUUCGGCGCUCAGCGUGUCACUCAGCCACGGUCAGGGCCAAGCCACCGCAGCUGAGCAGCGACUUGCCGCCAACGCGGACCUGCACGCCCUCGACCACUUUGUCUGCGCCUUACGAUGUGUUCGCACCGUCGAUGAUCCCGUCGAUGCCAGUGCCAGUGUUAGUGGCAGCGUCGAUGACGGCACGGAUGUUGGAACGCCCUCUAUGCUCCUCCCUACUGACCUCAAACUCAUCACAUGCCGACUCGCCACAAUCCUGUUCCUCGCCCUCUUUGAGCUUCAGAGGGGCCAGAUGAGACCCUGGUACGUACACAGUCGAGCCGCCGCGACGUUUCUGUCACAUCAUAUCAACGCCGUUCGUGAGAAUGUAGCUGGACCAAGCCUCAUCCGGUCCUUCUCUCGUGUCGCGGCCCUGCUGGAUAUUUACGAUCGAACGUACUCGGUGCGUCCAGCGCUGCCGGAGCCUGGUAUGUCUCUUGUGCUCUCAGAAGCGCUACGAAGCUCGCCGAACCCGUCGGACCGCCUGCUCGCAGUUCUGCCCUUGGUAGUGAAGCUCGAGGAGGAUUGGCGGAGUGAUCCCGGGCGCGAGUCACACUGGCGUAUCAUGGCGGACGACCUCGUUGAGCAGCUCCACGCAUGGUAUGCCAGCCUACCAUCCAGUGAGCUUCCAGACACAUCCGAUGUGGACAGCAUACCCCUUGGAAACACUGGGCACAUGGGCAUAACACCUAUCCACUUCACUGGCUCCCGCCAGCCAACAAGGGCGGCGACUGACAUGAUUCAUUACCUUGGAUCUCUCGUGCGGUUGCAGACACGCUACUUGAGCUACACAAAGGUCCUACCUGAUAACGCCGAGGAGACGGUGACAAUGAUCUGCCGAUUGGCCGCUGGCGUGCCCUUGUCCUCUUGCGUCAGAGUGCACGCUUACGGGCACGGCAUGCUGCCAGGGCUAAUGAACGCUUACUAUCUCACGGACAACCAGCAAUGCAAAGCGUGGAUUCGAGAGUGGGUGGCGGCUUUUCCGGCAGCCCGCGAGGGAAUCUGGAACGUCAAGCAGGCUCAGCGGCUCAUCGCCUAUGUGGAUGCGGAAUACGGCCCAACAGGGCCUCGUGCUGGUUGGACCAUCAUCAAGGUCCGCAUGGUAGACAUGGAUGACACUGACCCUCCAACGGACGAUGCAGAGUCGGUACGGGGGAACCUCUACCAAGGUCUAGACCCAGAAAUAAGUGCGGCCCCGGACAAGUUCUUUGUGGAGAUAUACGCGAGGCAUGCCAGGGGCUGGAGCAUCGACUUUGUCAUGAUUCCCUAG